AGUUCCCAGUACAUCAUUUCGCCCGAAGUGCAUGGUUAUGUUGGUGAGGGGUUCAUAAUUCAAGCGACCAGACUGUGUACCAUGGCAGACUUUUACCAUCCAGAUUCACAAAUCUCCUCAUUACAAGAGUAUAUUUGUUCUUUGAAUCUUUCCACUCUUCCCAGGAUUCUGGAGAUCCAUUCUGGAGUGUACUUCCAAGGUUCAGUCUAUGAAAUAUCAGGAAAUGAAUGUUCCUUGUCAACAGGGGAUCUCAUUAAAAUAAUACAGGUCGAGCUCCAGAAGAUUGUCUGUGAAAACAUGGAUAAUGAUUGCAAAUUUGAUCUAUCAUUAGACUAUUCAGGACACUUCAAGCUUUUUCCCGAUGGAUACCCUUACACAUCAGUCGAGGAAAUCAUUAAAUCAUUAGAAACUGAAAAUCAGAAUGCAGAAUUGAUCACCUUUCAGUCCCUUAGAGAUAUCAUCACAAAUGAUUUUGUCAUUGGAAAGGGAGACCCCAUAACAAUCACAUCAACUGAGUUUUGUGAGGGACAGGAAUAUAUAAAUUGUAUUGUGGAUGGUGAUUCUGAGCAGGUCCAUGUUACAUUACCCUUUGCUUUGAAAGGGGAGUUUUAUGAAUGUGAAGACAACAAGGUGUAGACUAUUAAGGACAUUAUUGAAUCAAAACGUCUGACAAAAAGAAGAGUGAGGCUUGCUGACACGAAGGAUGCCUGCAUGCCAAGGCAUUUUCAGGGAGCAUUAGUGCUGUCACUUGUAUAUGAAGUUCAAGCAGUUGUGCACUACAGAAAAGAGAUUGUGAAAAUACCCUCAACU